AUGGUUGUUAGUCCGGAGAAUACUGACUAUGAAGCGGACACCUUUGAAGACGCCCGAGAUACAGCACAAGACAGCGAUAACCCAAGCUCCUCCAAGCCUCCUCGGUCUCUAACAGAUAGACGGCCUUCCAGCAGCUCUGCAAGGUCUCCUUCCACUCCCAUAGCGACUGAAGUUCCUCCGUUACCUGUACCGUCUUCUGAGGUCGAGGAAGAUGGACAGAGCUCCGUUAUAACCUCACCCGUAUCACAAGUGGGAGAGGAUACACCUAGGAAACAGAGACGGCCAAAGUCACCGCUGCUGACUACCCAUCGGCUGUCAUCUUCCUCUCUCGACGACGUUAACCUCUCAAAUUCAAAAGAGGACGAGGAGACCAACGGCACGGGAUCUCCCCUGUCUCCUGACCAACACUCGGAUGCUCCUCCAGCACUUCCGUCUAAAGAUUCACCACCUAGCCAAACCCGUCUACAAGGCCUAUCAGCUUCAGUCCCCUCUGUUCCUUGGGGUGCGCCGCCCGCCACAAAAGCUCUUCCUCCAGCUCCUCCAAAUGCUCCAGCUCCCCCGUCAAGAAAGCUCACCAGUCCGUUUUCCUGGCUUUCUAGAGGAAAUACAAAGGAUAGCAAGAACUCAUCGUCUACGAAUGGAGCUAGGAGGAAUACAGGAGCCUCUGUGUCUACAAUCAUGAGCAACUCAGAACGCCUCGGGAGACUCCAUGAAGGAAGCGAUGGAGAAACCGGAAGUUUGGACUCCCGAGGCCAGGUACGGAAUAGUUUGAAAGAUCAAUUCAAGCUGCUGAGGCUGCAGGAUGAAGGUGUUCCUGUUGGAACCGACGACCAGGCUAGCAUUGGGUCGGGGGAAGGGAAAGGAUCUCGCUCCUCUGUUGGCAUCCCAGGGUUAGACGCAGGCGAAGCUGCUACUUCGGCUGCUCCCUUACCGUCUCCAAUAGCAACGUCUCCGCUUCCCUCCACAGUCAACCCGGAGCUACCUCCCGGAACGGUAUCCGGCUUUUCAGCAUCUGCUACAGAUGCCUCAGCGCCGGUCGACUGGGAGCUCUGGCAACAAGUUGUGAAUAAUGGUCCUGAAGCAUUAGCCGGGGAAAACUCGGAGAAAUUGAAUGCUGCGAUCAAACGAGGUAUACCACAGACAAUUCGUGGUGUAAUAUGGCAGGUACUUGCGGAUAGUAGGAAUCCUGAGUUAGAGCAUGUCUACCGGGAGCUUUGUGCGCGCGGUACAGACAAGGAUCCGAGCCGGUCACUCAGCUCGACGUCCAUAGUAUCUAUCAACGGAAAUUCUGCCGGAAGCCCGAAGGAAAGGGAGUCCAUCUCCUCUUCCCGUUCCUCAAUACGCUCUGAUAGCUCUACCCAGGCUACCAGCUCCAUUCAUGGGAUUGCUACUGGAUCUGCGUCAGAAAAGGACUCUGACUCAGUAGCAAAGGCAAAAGCUGCCCUAGAAGCUGAGCGCAAGAGACGGUCAAAAGAAGAUGCAGCUGCCUUGCAAAAGCUGGAGAAGCAAAUCCGCCGAGACCUCGGGUCCCGCACAAGCUAUUCAAAGUAUUUCAUGUCCCAACGCAAUCAGGAAGGCUUGUUCAAUAUUUGUAAAGCCUAUGCUCUAUACGAUUCAGGUGUUGGCUAUGCUCAAGGGAUGAACUUCAUUGCUAUGCCGCUCCUGUUCAAUGUAAGUGAACUUGUUUCAACCCUUGCUACGAUUCCAACUAACAUUAACCUUAUGCAGAUGGAUGACGGUGAGGCAUUCACCCUUAUGGUAAAGCUUAUGAACAAGUAUGGGAUGCGAAACAUGUUCAUUCAGGACAUGCCAGGCCUCCAUCUCCACCUCUACCAAUUUGAGCGUCUGCUAGAAGACCUACAACCUGCACUUGCUUGCCACCUGCAUAGACGAGGCGUUUCCCCGGGGCUCUAUGCGACGCAGUGGUUCCUCACUCUCUUUGCUUAUCGUUUCCCGCUCCAACUUGUUCUUCGCAUAUACGAUCUGAUAUUCGAAGAGGGCCUUGAAAGCACCAUCUUACGAUUUGCUGUCGCAAUCAUGCAACGAAAUGUAGAAACACUUCUUGCUAUGAAUGAUAUGACCACCUUGACCAACUUUGUCAAGGAAAAACUAUUUGACGUAUACAUCGAUCAGCAGCCAACUCCUAGCUCGAUUCUUGAAUCUGGGUUCUUUGGCAGCUCAGGGGCAAAUGAUAAGGAAAUCUACCGUGCAGAUAUCAUGGUGGACGAUGCUUGUGCCAUUCCCCUGACACCCGAGAUGAUAAAGACUUACACAGAAGAGUGGGAACAGAAGACCCGUGCGGAGAAAGAGCUUGCGGAUGAGCUAGAGAACUAUAAACAUACCAUCGCUACUCAAGCCAGCCGAAUCCGCUCUUUGGAAGAGCAUGCAGAAAAGUCAGACAAGGAACAUGUUCAGAUAGCAUCUGAGCUUGUUCGGGUCAAAGUCGAGAACGAAGAACUCAAAGAUAUGAAUGAGAGCAUGAAAGUUGAGGUAGUAGAACUCAAGGCCGUGAUAGACAAACAGCCUGCAGAGCUUGAAGAGAAACUUCGGACCGAAAUGGACCGUAUAAUGCAGCGAAAUAUCGAGGUACAAAAUGAGAACCGGUCCAUGGAGGAGCAAAUGGCAGAGAUGGAAAAAGAUUUGGUCGAGACAAAGAUGAAAUGGGCAGAGGUACGUAUCAUCGUAUAA